AUGAAAAGCAACCAGGGUUGCUGGGGGUGUGAAGCAGGGGCUGUCAGUUGGGGCAGGGAGGGGGCAUCAGCACCCUUUAGGAGGUCCCUGGCUGUGAAUAAACAGGCCCUCUCCCAGCUUUUCUCCUGGUCUUCCAGGGGAGAAGUGUCUGCCCCACCCUGGACCCUGCCAGGCCAGGCCAGGCCACUGAGGUCGGGGAGAGCGUGACAGCUGGGCUGAAAGCACGCUGCAAUUCAGGCCUAUGUCAGCAGGUGUUUGUUGCUUGGGCCAAGACCAGGGAAGGUUUGAGAGCCGCUGGUUGGACAGGUGCACAAAGGCCCUUUGUCAAGGCUAGGGUGAUUUCCGGGAGGGAUGUCCUAGAGGCUAACCCCUCCCUGGACAGCUUAGGGUAGGAGUCCCAACCUAGAGCUGGUGGCCCCAGCAGCACGAAGAGCCAAAAUAUACCAGGGUUGGAUGGAGCUCUGGAAGUCUUUCCUAUAAGGAAGCAGCCCAGACAUGUGGGGCACCUGAGCAUACGCUCUCUGGGGAUUCUAGGGUCCAACCCCUCUUCACCCCAGUUAGUGGGGGAAUUGUGACUUCUGAUCUCAGGCUGUGUUUGCAGUAAAUUGUGAUAAAUCAUAAAUUUAGAGGCAGCUCUCAAAACAGUCCUAGUCACCAACCCCCUCCCCAAGUGCCAGUGACUGCAGAGAGGGACCCUCUUUGUUCUGCCCCAAGUCCCCCCACCACAGGGGAACCUCUGGGGUGAGCCUGUGAGGUCAACGCCCACAUCCAGAAAAACUGACAUUAAUUAUCUAUUUAAUACAAAUUUCCUCCUCUGUGAUUUGGAAACAUUAAGAGACCUUUCCUCCAAUGUGAGCCAAACAAAGUACAUAAAGCUUUUAGCACUGGGUCCUUGGUUCCUGAUGACAACAGCAGUCAGCUUCCAAGGUGAGUUCGAAGACAGAGCCAUGGGGGCAUGCCCUGGAGGAGGCUCCACUAGUCCCAGCACCACACCGGGUGUGGGAGAGCCAGGAGAGCCGGGCCGAGCCUGGCGGCACUUUGAGGACUCUUCCUUUACCUCCUCCUCCCACAGGCCAGACUCAUGCCUGAGGGACUCAGGCCGCAGUCCCCACCCUCCACCGCCUCUCUGCCCCUCCCCCCCCAAGCCCUGUCCUGUCCCUCUACCCGGAUCUACUCUGGGCACAGUGAGGAAGCUGGGAAAGACCCAGGAGCAAGGCAGCGAUACAAGGACCUGCCAGGUCUGGGGCGCAGCCGGGGAAUUCCAAUCAGUCUUCCGGGUGCCUGGAGCCCCCUGCCUUCACCCCCCACCGUGUGAGCCAGGACGCAGUGGGACCCUUGGCCACAGUUUGCCAGCUCCAGAAGCCCAGAACCGGAACCCGUGAGGCACAGCAAUGGACGGCCCCCGGUACCCGGUGUCAGUGUGCGCAGCGGCCCUAGUGCAGACAGCGCGGCUUCAGACAUUUGCCUUCUCUGUGCACUGGUCGGAUGACAGCGACACUUUCGUGCGCAGGAGCUGGGAUGAAUUCAAGACGCUCCAGAAGACCCUCAAGGAAACCUUCCCAGUAGAGGCGGGCCUGCUGCGGAGAUCUGACCGCGUUCUCCCCAAGCUUCCCGACGCUUCGCUGUUGGUACGCGGGGGGCGCACGGGCCGCGGCCUGGCGCGCCUGCGGCUGCUGGAGACCUAUUCGCGGGCUCUGCUGGCUGCGGCGGCGCGCGUGUCUCGGAGCCCAGCGCUCACCGGCUUCUUUGCACCGCAACCCCUGGACCUGGAGCCCGCGCUGCCACCCGGCAGUCUGGUGAUCCUGCCCGCUCCUGAAGAGCCCCUACCCCGCCCGGCAGACAGCCUUGCCAUCCGUGGCCUGGAGGCUCAGAGCCUGCGCUGCCUGCAGCCCUUCAGCACCCAGGACACGCAGGGCCGACCUUUCCAUGCACGGGCCCAGGAGAUCCUAGACGUGCUGCUGCGACAUCCCUCAGGCUGGUGGCUGGUGGCAAACGAAGACCAGCAGACAGCGUGGUUUCCUGCUCCCUACCUGGAGGAAGCGGCCCCCGGCCAAGAACGACGACCCCUAGGGAGUAGUGGGUCUCAAUUCUGCGCUUUUCAAGCCUAUGAAAGCAGCCACGCAGAUGAACUGUCAGUGCCUGCGGGGGCGCGCGUGCGCGUGCUGGAAACUUCGGAUCGUGGCUGGUGGCUCUGCAGGUUCGGAGGGCGCUGCGGUCUCCUCCCCGCUGUGCUGCUGCGACCCGACGGGCUGGGCGCGCUCCUGAGUGGCGCAGGGCUCCACCGCGAGGAGGACCGUGAGGAGGACAGGGUGGGAGAGGCCCAAGGCUCCCCAGAGAACCCCCAGGCCACAACCCCUCCCCCUACCGUGCCCACCCGCCCUCUGUUGAGUGCCAUCCAGAGCCGCUGCUGCACCAUAACCCGCAGGGCACUGGCACGCAAGGACCCCCGCGAGGGCGUGUGGAGCUGCACAGAGGGCAGGCCCAAAGCCCCAGACCCCAGGGAUGACUGACACCAGCCAUGCCGCCACCACCACCACCACCACGGCUGGGGGAGGAGUAUUUGAGGGUGGGACCCCGUGGCCGGCAGGGCCAGGAAACUAUACUCUCCCAUUUCCAGAGUAAAGCUCUUCUG